AUGGUAACCGUAAUUAAUAUCGUCCCGUUAUUUUUAGGAGCGCAGAUAAACGUUAUUACAAGUAAUUUUAGUGUGAAGUUUAGCUCUAAUGUUCGAUUGUAUCGAUGGUUUGGAACUGCUGCUAUUUUGGAAGGGGAUAAACCCAUCGAACCGGUUAAUAUAUAUAUUUUUAUAUUCCCGGGGUAA